GGAAACGGAAACUUGUUUGUUUUGGUCGAGAGAGGAGACGGUAAACAAUCUCCGAAGCAGGCGCGAAAGCUGAAGGCUCUUAGAAGUGAAAGAAAGAAAUCUAUAAAAAAAUGAUCAGAUUACUACGGGGAAAAUAAAAUAACUUUCAUUUCUGAUUCAUAUAUUUUACAGCAUUACCAUCCACUUUUUGCCUUUGAAGUAGCUGGAAUGGCUCGAAUAAAAGCAGACGAACUCACCCGGCAACUGAUUACUCAUGUCACAGGUUUUCAGGAGGGAGACGAAAACUUUGGACUGUGCCUUCAGUUUGUUCUCUCAAACUUUCGGUACCACAGAUUUUUGGAUGUUAAUAGUCAUAAAGUUCUUCGACUUUUGGAUGGGCUCUGUACUAAAUUACAGGUACAUUCUCUCAAAGAUCGUGCAGACAGCCUUCGCUCUUUGGUUUCUCAGUUUCUUGAUAAACCACUUUUAUCAGAUAAUGAACUUACAAAGACAGAUGCUCACUAUGCAGUUUUGCUGGUCUUAUUUACACUUGGAUUAUCUCCAACAAAUGCCAUCUAUGAGACACCAGUAGUGGAAGCAGAAGAAGAGCUGACAGACACAUUUAACUGGACAGCACAUUUGCUAGAGGGAGAAGAUAUCUUUCUUGGUUAUCACAGUGACACAUCAUCAGAAGAAGAUGAAAAACUAGAAAGCAGUUCAGAGGAUGAGCAGUUGGCAACAGAAGAAGGUGACACAACAACAGAUGACGAGCACAAGCAUACGGUCUGCAUUGUUCAUGCUGGAAUGGACAUCUGUCUUGAAGCAAGGACAGACACACUCCAAGGCAAGGAAUGGUUGAACCAGAAUGUGAUUGUUCAAUACUGGCGAGGUCAGUACUCGGACAGCAUAAGGGGUCAGCACGCAUCAUCUAACCUUUUAAGAGAUUGGUCUAGUUACCAGCUACGAAGUGGUGAGGCAUAUUCUUCACUUGAACAGCAUGUGGUUACGGAAUAUCAGCUUAUUCGGGAACUUCUAUGGAUGCUGUCAGGGGUGGAGGAGCUGUUCUUGUUCCAACUAGGUGAAAAUGGUUUUCAUUUGAAGGAAGGCAUAUGUCUGUCUCACUUGACUGAGGCCAGCUUGCAGAGCUUCCUAGAGCCCCUUAUGAAACAGGCCACCCAAAUCCGAACACUUCAGUCAUUUAUCAGGGAUAUGCUGGCUGGAAGCUGCCAAGGGUUUGACAAGACAGGAGACACAAAAGUUCCCCAGACAUACCAGGCUUUUGCGUAUGGCCUGUCAAACAUCUUGAAGGAAUUCCGUGGCCACCUGUCACAGCUAGAGAAAACAGUAUCUAAACAAGAACACAGCAAAUGUGUGACAGUUUCCUCUAUAAUCGGCCAUCUUCAGCCUUGGCUACAAACACUGGAAGUCAUUUGGGAGAUGUUUGUAACAGGAGUGUCUUUAUGUGCUCAGCCUCCAGACCAUGAUAAAAACUCCUUACAUGCUAGCUGCUUGCAUGCCUCACAGCUGCUUAAUGCAUUGUAUGAUGGUGUUGUUCUACAUGACAAUUUGAGUCACUGCUCUGCUGAAAUGAUGUCACUCUUGUUCCGAUUGCUGUUAGAAACAAGUAGACCCUACUUAAACAUCAUUGGUCAGUGGAUUGCAGCUGGUCAGCUGUGUGACCCAGCAAGAGAAUUUGUCUUACAACGAAAUGAAAGGAUUGAGUCUUUGGAUGAAACCUUCUGGGAGCGGGCAGUCACUCUGAACAUUUCUGGCUCUCAUCUUCAUCAAGAGACAUCCAACACAUCUUUGUCUUCAGCAGGACUUUGUGCUGAGCAGGAAGAGGAUGAUAGAACUUUCAAAGAGGCUCAGGAUGCAAUACCAAAGUUUCUGCUACCAGUUCUGCAAGAUGUAGUGCUAACAGGAAAGUCCAUGGAGCUGCUGCAGGCUCUGGGAAAAUUACCAGAAGUGGUUGCUUUCUCUGGAGACUUUUCUUUUAGGGAGAAAUCCCUGUUUGAGAUGUUUGUAGAAUCUCUGAAAGACAUCGUGGGAACCGUAACUCCAUCCACACCAGGAAGCUGUCAAGGAGACUACCUAUCUACAGCAUGUGUACAUGGAGAAUAUAGCCACAGAGCAUCAUGUCACAGGAGCAGGGGAUCAGCUGCUUCAAAUCAAUUUUCAAGCUAUAUUUAUAUUAGAAGAAUGUUAGCACCAGUAUCACAAGCCUGCAUUGGGCCCAUUUCUCUGGUCUUCCAAAGAUGCCUAUAUCCACAUGUGCGUAGACGCUGUGACCAUGUUUGUUCUCGACUUCUGGAGAUUCUAAAGGGUGAAUACCACCUGCUGGACAUGCUGAACUCUGCUCAGCAAUUCUACCUCAUGUCAGCAGGGGAUACCAUGUUUGACUUUUGUACACAGAUUUUUGACAAGAUGAGACACACGGAGCAGUGGCGUGACACAUCCAGCCUGACACUGGCACUUCAUGAUGCACUGCAGGCUCACCACUCUCAGGAUAUCAGCAGGUUGUCAGUGACAGCAGACACAUUGCCCAAGGCAGGGGAGAAGUCUGCAGUUUGUGCCACAGACUGCAUAAAGCUGCAUUAUGAUGUGGCAUGGCCACUGGAUAUGGUGAUAACCAGCAAGUGUCAAGACCUUUACAACCAGGUGUUCCAGUUUCUUCUUCAGAUCAAGCGGGCCAAAUAUGGACUUGACCAGCUUCGGUUUACGGAUUUAGACAAAGCAGAUAUAUUGACUGUAACGCUGCCCCAGAAAGAUCUAUGGGGAAAACUUGAAGAGAGCAAGAUGCCAAUUCCAGAGCGACUGCACAGGAUGCAUAUACUGCGAUUCCGACUGGCUUAUUUUGUAAACAGUUUGCAUAACUAUAUUAUGACACGGAUCCUCCGCAGUACUGGACUAGAGUUUGGGGAACAAAUGAAGAGUGCCAGAGACCUGGAGCAAUUCAUUCACAUCCAUGCUCGCUAUGUGGUGACCAUCCAUGAGCGAUGCCUGCUGCAUAAAAAGCUGACUUUCCUCAAAGAUGCAGUCACCAAGGUGCUGAACCUCAUUUUGAUCUUCUCUGCUCGAUGGGACCAAGGCAUUGCUGAGAUCAGUGGAAAAGCGAUCACUGAUAUGGAGGCUGAGUUUUCUCGCUGCAUUCAGUUUUUAGCAUCAUUCCUCAACAACAUCAUCAAACGAGGCUCUUUUCCUCAUGUUGAACCACUGGCAUUUGCUCUUGUGACAUCCUUACCUCAAGCUGAGAAAAUGUAGAGCUGAUCAGAUAUGCAGUAGAAGCUAGACACCAUGGUUUCCCUUGGUUGGGCAGCUGAGCAGAGUCUUAUGUACAGAGGGAUUUGUCUCCUAAUUAAAAGAUUCUGCUUAUGGACAGGGUAAAGUCUUCCAGAAAAUAUAAAAUGUGGAUACUGUGGGAGCUGCUGUGAGUUUUAAGACUUCUAGAACUUUAACGCUUUUAGACUGUGGGUGAUGCCUCGUAAGAUAAAGACAUAUUGAGUAUGGCUUCCAAGACAGGGCUGUCAGAAAGGACUUGCAGAACAAUAUGAGAAUGGGUGAAGUAUGUCGAAAAUAUUGCAAAGUAAAAGUUUGGCAUAUAUCAGACCUUCUUACUUUCUUAGACGUGAGACUUGCACUGUUGAUGGUUGAAUAAACACUGAAUCUUUUUUCACUUUGUGUAUAUAAUGUGAACAGUUUGAAGAUAUUUAAAGUAUUUCCAAUACUUCACACGUUUAUGUAUUAUAAGUCCUGGAAAAUCCAUGAAUAGUGCUUGAUGUUGCAGAAUGUUGAAACAAUAAAAAUCACCUUUUUAGUCA